AAGUGUUGUUAAGUAUAUAUUAAAAGUCAUAUUGCAGUAGGUUGUAAUAAUAAAAGGAAGAAAAGAUAUAAGUUCCUUAAUUAUUGAGAGGGAUUAGUCAUGGAAAAUACAAACGGUAUUGAAUGUAAAAUGAAACUACUUUGUAAGCUACCAAAAGGAUUAGGUGCAAAUGGAAAUCUUAAUGAGAACUGGCACGAGGUUAGGCAAAGUUUCGACAUAUUUUUAAAAAUGACAAACAAUAUUAUAAAAUCAGAUGAAGUUAAAAUUGCUAUAUUAUUAAAUAUUGUCGGCAAAGAUGGUAUUGAAUUAUACAAUAAAUUUAAUCUCCAAGAAGCAGAGAAGAAAGACUUGGCAAAAGUGUUGCAAUGUUUUGAAGAGCAUUGCAAUCCUAAGAAAAAUGUUGUACAUGAAACAUUCAAGUUUUUUAACAGAAUACAACAAGAAGAUGAAACAUUUGACAGCUUUUUAACAGAUAUAAAAAAGCUGAGUCAAAUGUGUGAAUUUGAUAUAAUGACCAACAGAAUGAUUCGAGACAAAAUUGUGUUUGGAAUAAGAGACAAAGCAUUACAGGAUAAAUUUCUAAAAAUGAAAGAUCUUAAUUUGCAAAAGGCAAUUAAUUACUGUAGAGCAGCUGAGACUAGAGAAAGAAACCUACAAGGCAAACUAAAGAAAUAUAGUCUAAGAAAGAAGAUAACACAGAAAUCCAAUAGAGUCAGAGACAAGAAGGCGACACAAAAAUCCGACUGCAGUGUAUGUAACACAAAACACGCAAAACAUGGCCCAAACAAAUACUUAGGGAAAAAACAGGAGUGCAAUAAACUAAAUUAUUUACCCGAGGAGGAAGAAGAAGAUGACGAACGGAUUCCAGUUCGACGUUGGAUACGUAAAAAUUAUACAAAAUUAACUACAAAUAAAGCAAAAUGCAAUCAUUGUUCUGAAGUAUUUAGUUAUAAAUAUGUACCUGAAUUACCUUGCCACUUGAGGUUGGUCCAUCCAGACAAAUUAACAGAAAAGGAAAAGGAAGAUCGUAAAAUCAGUUGGAUAUGGGAUUACUUUACACCAGGAAACAAUAUGACUGCUAUAUGCAACAUUUGUAAUAAAACAUAUAAUAUAGUAUCAACAACCAGGUGUUUAAAUUUACACUUAAAACGCGUUCAUAGGGAAAUCGCUGCAAAGUUUGCGGAUGAUAUGAGCAACGAUACAAACAAGGAUACGACUACAAAAAAAAUAGAAUCUCAAGAAGACUUAGCAGCUUCAUCUAAUAAUUUGAACGGAAACACGGAAGAAACAGAAUGUUCUCUUAGCAAGAAAAUCAUUACAAAGCAAACGGACAUGAGCGAUACGAACAAGAACAUAAUUAUAAUUAGAAUGAAACCUGAAGAAGACUCUACAGCUUCAUCUGAAAACACAGAAGAAACAAGAGUUUUUAAGGAAUCCUCGCCAAGCACUUCAAGAUCAUUGGAACAAAUGGACAAAAUGGACUACUCCACCUAAUGGUUCUAAUACUCAUACAGAUGUGGCAGAAAUCUAAAGUUUAUGAUUUCUUUGAAUCUUACAGAGUAAACCCUGACGUCCGUAGUCGAAAAUAAUUGUGUUAUAUACAAUUAUUAUUAUAUUUUGUAUAUUAAUUAUCACAUUGGUAAUUUCUAAAUUAGCUGGACAUACGCGAGAUUUAAACUUUUUUUUAGUUUUAUAAAUCUUAUUUAACUAUGUAAUAUUAAGAUGUUAUUACGG